CAAGCUGAGAAACUCAAGAGGCAGAUGCUGUGAUGCUGAUGCUGCGACGGUGGAAGAGUGAAGUAGGGAGGGACGUUUCUCCUUGCUAAGGAUCCUGGUCGGGAGAGGAGCUGAACACGCCACACAGUCCCUGAGCUGCAGAAGCCCUUUUCUGCAUCCCUCCCCCCUCACUCCUGCUCUUGCUCCUGCUCCCACUGGGGAGGGAGGGAGGGAGGGAGGGAGAGAGGGAGGGUCUCUGGCCAGUUCUGGCUCUUUUCCCCCUACUCUGGUAACGGAAGUGCCAGGCGCCUUUUAGCAAAGGGGUGGGGGCACCGGAGCGGGAGGGGGGCAUGGAGCCUGUCCGGGAGCCCCCCAGGAGGAGCCGGCCCCCUCCGCCACCCGCUCCAGCCGCGCCGGCUUCUUUGCCAAGAGUCCUCUCCCCUGGGGACGGGGAGGGACGGGGCCCGGAGGUGCUGCUGAGAAGAUCGGGAUCCGGGUACGAGGGCAGUACCAGCUGGAAGGCGGCCUUGGAGGAUACAACGACUCGCCUGUUGUUGGGAGCCAUUGCAGUCCUGCUUUUUGCCAUUCUUGUUGUGAUGAGUAUACUUGCUUCCAAGGGUUGCAUCAAGUGUGAUGCUCCAUGCCCAGAAGACUGGUUACUCUAUGGAAGGAAAUGCUAUUUCUUUUCUGAAGAACCAAGGGAUUGGAACACUGGGCGCCAGUACUGUCACACUCAUGAGGCAUCCCUAACUGUGAUCCAGAGCCAGAAGGAGCUGGAAUUUAUGUUCAAAUUCACUAGGAAGGAACCCUGGAUUGGCCUCAGGAGAGUAGGAGAUGAAUUCCACUGGGUCAACGGAGAUCCAUUUCACCCAGAUGAGUUCUCCGUCUCAGGUCAUGGGGAAUGUGUCUUUGUGGACCCCACUAGACUUGUCACAUCAGAUUGCCUGAUGACCAGACCCUGGGUAUGCAGUAAGAUGGCGUACACGUGAGGCAAGGGUGUGGCAAUGUGGGAAGCAGGCCAGCACAUGCCUUUCCCUGUGCCUUGGCCCAGUGAUGAGAGGACCCCCACUCUCACCCCGAUACUCACUUCGGAGCCACAGACCCUGGAAGUUUUCUCUGUCAGCCAUGCAGCUGUGAGACAUAGUAUAUUAUCCCCAGGUCUCAGUCCUGGGCUCCUGGUUCCCUCCUCCGCACAUAUCCUAUCAACUUGCUGCACCAUCCUAGACAGGCUCUGAAGCCUGUCUAUGCCUCUACCCUCCCCUUUGGCUAAGUAGCUCAAAACUAUGCUUUCCUCAAGGCCACGUGUGGGCACCAUGUAUGACUGUUGCCUGUAGUGAGGGAUAACAAAGCGAAUGUUUACCAUUAACACCAAUGUCACCUCACAUUUAUUGCAGCUCCUACAUUUAUUGUAGCCCCAAGAAACCAGGUAGCUCCUCUACUUAUUUUUCUUGAUUGAAGGGGUCCUUGCUGAUAUUUUGGAAUCACUGAAUUUUACCUAAUUCCAUUGGUUUUUAACUUAAUUUUUUUUGAGAACUAAAAUAUUUCUAUUUUUCUUUGGAAAUAUUUAACCCAGCCCUACCCUCACUGAUUCUGACAGAAUCCCUUAAGUCAUCCCUUUCUCCCCAAAUCCUUUGGUUUUUGCACUUUCUGAUUGUGGUCAGGAGACCUUGGUCUCCCUGACUUUCCUUCCCAAUGUAGGCUUCAAGAUUUGCCUCAGAGGGACCCAGUUUAGAGUGAGCGGCAAUUGUCCUUUGACACUGUCCUGACACCUGCUUUGGAGCAUUUCUAUUGCACAACAUAGUAGUACUGGUGCUUAUAGGAAAAAUAAAAGGACUGUCCUAGGUUACUUACAAUGUGGAACAUGCCCACCUUACCCAAGACCCAUAGCCCACUUUCCCACCCUACCCAUCUCUGUCCUCAUCAUAGUGAGAGGGAGGGUUCCUUAGCCAUCAUGUUGAAAAAGUUCCAUGUGGUGCUGGGGAGGUCCAAGUGUCCACUCUCAUGAUCUCUUAGUCCCUUGCUUUGCCUUCCAUUCUGCUUCCUUAGUGCUCCUCUGGCAGGCACCCUGAUUGUAUCUGUGGAUGAUGUACUGAUUACUAAUGGAAUAAAGACCUCCCCCCACAACCUCCCGGGGAGAAAACA